ACCUGGCAGGUUGGUACCGGGCAGCACCCCUGAAUUUAAUCCACAUUCGUUUCGAUUGCUCUUCGGUGAAAAGUCACUAAAUAAGCUAGAACAUAUUGUUUGUCGAAAAUUGCUAAUAUGAAAACAAUAUCAACCUUUGGUCGAUAUGAAAGCACGAGUCGGGCGAGUGAUCACGGCAAUUUGAAUAUCGAUACUAAACCUUCCCGCCGUGAACUAUGAACAUUGCACAACAACGCUCAAAAGAGAAUUACUUCAUCCGGGUAAUCCCGCCACCUUCAGGAUCGUGAAGAUGAUUGGUUGGGAGUGAUGUAAUGAACUCGAUAUAGGAAGCAAUAUCUGACGUCAGCGCGGUCGGUGACGGGGUAUAUAUUGGGAUUGCGCACAGUGCAGCAGCCGUUGUUUGCCUCAUUCACUCCUUGGGAUCCUCCACACCUACCGGCGGUUUGUCUGGUAAACCGUCGCAAGGUCCUUCCCUUGGGGAAUCGGGUUACAGUCUCAAAUUUCUCUCCGGGGUUGCCCCAACUCACCCUUGUGCGCUCUAACCACACGACCAGACCGCGAGAGCGCAUAAACAUAACAGGAGAGACAAGGAGACACACACACAAGUUAUUUAUAUGACAAGCGAGACAGGGGUAGCCGUCAUUCCAGCACAGCAAGCUGACCUCGGUAAGGUCACCGCGAUUAGGCCGAGCAGUACAGCCCCGCUAGUUUCCCCGGUGCUAGCUCGGCGUGUGUAGCCGUGACACUAUCGAAAGCCACCUGCUUUUGCUGCCUGCAGUGUACGGGAGAUGGCAAGUACUGAUGAGACCAGCUGUGACUUCGAGACAGACGCAGCUCUGGCCAUGGAAUACAUUCAGGAUUUCGACCUGCUUCCGUUGGCGCUGGAACACAUCGAGGUGAAGCGAGAGGACCAGGCGAACUCGCUGGGAACGUCCUGCCUGAUACAGGGCCAGGGAGCCGGUUCUGCUGCCGCUGUGACCAGCAGCGGUGGUACGGGCGCUGUGGCUGCAAAGCGACGCUCUCCCCCGACAAGCCUGCCCAACCUCGGCACGGGAUCCCUGACUCCGUUAGUUGAGUCCCCGUGCGUUGACGUGCCUCCUUCACCGGACGAUCUGGGUCUGAUUCCCAGCCCGGUCGACAUGGAGUACAAACCAAACCUCGAUGAGCUGUAUUGGAUGUCGAGCAUCCAGUCUCUGACCACCAUCAAUAAUCUGCAGCUGAUGUCCCCGGUCUACAGUACUGGCGACACGGGUGACAUUACGACAGCCACCCGUCCCUCUGACCUCGACUGCGACAAGUAUUCGGACUGUUCAGGAACUGAGCCUCGCGACGAAGAUGAAGAGAGCAUCUCGUCCGCAGCCGAUUCUGACAGUACCGACCCAGGCGCUCCCGCCGUGACCAAGCCGACUAAAGACAUUUUUUCUUUGUACCGCGACGACGAGUUAGUUCGCCUGACAGUCAGGGAACUUAACCGUCAGCUUCGUGGAUACAAGAAAGAGGACGUUGUGAAGCUGAAACAGAAGCGACGGACACUCAAGAACCGAGGCUACGCGCAGUGCUGCCGCACCAAACGUCUCAAACAGCGGUUGGAUCUGGAACACAGUCAACUCUUCCUUCACACCGAGGUGACCCGGCUGAAGAAGGAACUGGAACGUGUUCAGAACGAGCGAGACAAGUAUCGUAAAGAACUCGAACUUGUCAAGAGUGCCCGCCGAUUGAGAGCCGACAGUCUGCCGAGCAGUCCUGAGUCCCCAGAGUACUUCAUGUAAACAUGUGACAUUACCACCUUGCAGCUAAAAAUAUCAAGCAGCUUUUGGCCAAGUUCCAGUCUCCUCUACAAUACUUAAAAACACACGGAACUGUGAACUUUUUGCCAGACUCGACCAGAGUUCAUCUCAUGUAAAACUGAAUGUAAGUGUAAACCUGUUUAGCACCGACGAGAGAAGGUUUAAAUUGCAAUUACAUUUAGCACUCAAAGCAUACAAGUUUGCAUACUUGCAUACUUAAGUUUUUGCUAUUUAAGCCUUUUCUUAAAGUAGUACUGCAAGAAAAAUUUACAUGUAUUCAGUUAUGCGACCAAACCAAUACGCAGCUGUGUGGAUAGCGUUUCUCACCGUACUCAAACGUUAUGCAGAUGUUGUCAUGCAUGAUCAAAGCAAAGCAGAUCGAAGCAGAUGUAUCGAGGACAAGAAACUAAUCUUCAGUGGUCCCGAGUUAAGUGUCACACAGCUGCAUGUAAUUGGCAUAGUUAAUGUACAUCAAAGUUAGUCUCCUUGUCGCUGUAAGCUGUGUAAUUAAUGUAAUGUAUGCAAUGCCUUGCAUGUGUUUGUCAGCUUUACGCGCCCUUUUAGGCGACAAUCUUGCCGAUUUUGUUAUCAGAAAAAUAUAUAUUUUUAUAUAGAAUACCAGGGCACUGACGCCAAGGUAUCUGGCAGAAAACUGGAAAACUACCAAUUUUGUCAGUCGGAACAACGGGUAACUAUGGAAACGAAACAAGUAAAAAAAGAGUCGUAUUUGUUUAACACCUCAAUACGCAAUACGAAAACUGAGAGCAAAACAAGUUAACAAAUGAAAGAAAAAAAAGAACAAACAACCAAGUAAAAAAUAAAAAGAAAUAUACAUGUAUGCAGUUAGAUUGAAUUCCGCUCACGUGGUUUAAUUCAAGCUAAAUGUAAUAACAAAAAAAAAGAGGAAAAUAUAUAAAAAAGAGGAAAAAAAACAGACCGGGGCAUAGCCUGAUGCAGAAAUAUUGUGGAGGUAUUUCUGCUCGGCAGGAGCUCUGGUCAUCUAUUACGUCACACUUACGUCACUACGCAAGUGAGUGAUAGAAAGUCAGACAAAAACGAGUGGGCAAACAGUUCUGCUCAACCUUAUUUGUAAAUUGGAGUAAGCAACUGUACACACUGCUACAAAAUUGUACAAUGUAGAGUUUGUUGAGGGGCGAGUGUUACCACGUUUAGUCAGCAUGCAUUGUGCUAAAAGUAUACGUGUACUGUAGAGGCCGAGCGCAGAAAUCAGACGGGCAUUUCUGGGUUUUAAGUCGAGAACUCAUUACUGGGAAGACACUUAAUUGUGGACAAUUAAUAAACCCCAGACCUGUCCUUUUCUGAAAAGAGAAAGGCACAAACAAAUGAGACUUAUACAUUAAAAUCUAGCCAAGGUUUAACGAGGGGUUUGAAUCUUGUUUAGCAAUAGCACUGUCCUAUCAGAGCGUGCUCUUCGCAGAAUGUGCCAUUACCAUGACGUGAAUGAAGUGGAAUGUGUGUAGCGGAACUUAAAUUGUGAUAUAAAUACCCAGAGAAGUGUAUUUUAUGUUAACACCGCUUUCGUGUAAAUAUACAAAGACCGGACCCAUAAACUAUAAAUGGCGAUUUUGAUUAUCUUUGGCUAAGUAUGUUCAUCAGGCAAUGACUUUUAUCCUCAGAAAGUGCACGAGAUUCCAGUGCUUCAUUACCGUGAACUACACCGGGGGCAUAAGAUACUGAUGUGUGAAUGACGAUAAAGUAACAGUUUCCGUCUUAUGCAUAUCAGAAGGACAAAAGUAAUCAAUCUUAUUACAUGUAUUUGUUACUGAUGUUUGAACAUGCUGUGUGUAUCUUUUUAUGCACAUAGAAUAUUCCAAAGUUAAGUACUGAAUUAUGAAAUGAAAAAGUGUGUAAUAUUACUUAAAAAGCUGCGAAAUCCAGUGUCUUUGUCAGGACUUUGUUGUAUCAGUGAAUUAUAUACCUCUCUCGUUUCUUUGCUCAAGUGGCAGUCGAUAAUGGACAUUUGUCCAUACAUGACGUAGGUUUGUUUGAAGUGAGAUUCAUUCCAUUUCUCGACUGCAGUUCAGCUGCAGCGCUGUAAGUACGAGGCUGUUGCUUAAAAUUAUAUUAGAAACAAAAUUGUAAGACAAAUUUCAAUUCUAGAAUCCUUACAAGUCAAUUAAUUGCCUGCCACUUCCUAGUUGGGACCAAUGCAAGCCGUUUUCAAUGAAAAGUAAGACUAACAAAACUAAACCGUACAAAACAAAACACCUGGUCUGUGUGCCACCUCGUUAAGCAUGGAUCAAAUAUGGUUUUGACAGUGACUUUUCUAAGUAAGGGCCUAACUGUCGAACAACAUACCAUUUGCGCUAAGGAAAAAAGGAUACGUGAUAGCAUGCAUUUGGUAACUUUGACAUGAGCUACAUGUAUUUCAUCAAAAACUUGAGAAGUUGAAUCCAUGAGUGGGAGGUGAAACCAAACUAUUAAGAGCGACAUAUUUAUGAUUGUGACACGCAGCAGAUUUGAAGAAAAAAUGACUGUGUUCAUUUCCAACAACUGAGCCGAAGACAUUAGUUUUCUUAUGAAUAAUUUUUGAAAGUGUUUAUAAAAAAUUGUGUUUGAGGAGGUCAGUGCCCGAAUGAAGGCAGAACUUGCUGACGUUAAAUUCUCCUAGCGAUAAUUUUUCUUAGUCUCGUCUUUUGUUGAACUUUUCUUAAUGUUAUCCUGUUUGUAUGAAACUAGUCGUCUUCCCCUUUGGUUUAAGUGUAUUGAAAAUGCACCUUUUUAACAUUUAAGAUAAUAAGAUGGUCCAUGCUUUUCUGGACAACUGAGGGCGCUGUUGCUGUGAUGUCAGUUACAGAAGACACUGCUUGUUUUACAGGUUUUUCUAUCCAACUUGUGAGCAUAAAAUUUGCCUGUCGAAAACAUUACUGAGAAAGGGUUGAUCAUUGGUUUAUAGCCCUGCAUUCACACAAAAAUUAAUCACCAAACAAAUGAAACUUCAGGCCAACAACGUAUAAAAUUUCCAGCAUAACUUUUUUGUGAACAAAUCAAUGUAACAUUGAAUAUUCUUCCAGGCAUGACAUCACAGGUUUGGUCAUGAAUAUGGGAAUACUAAAAAAUAUACAAAGGUACCAGAGUGCCCUUUAAAAAUAGCAAAGAAAAAUCAGUACGUUUAAUAAGACACAAAUGCGUUUUCAAGAGCUGUGCGUAAAAAUUUCAUUGCGUAGAUCCUUUAACCUCCAAGGUCAGUAUCCUCGCGAGUGUAUUGCGAUUUUAACACUGCAAAAGACUGGUUCCUGGACCACGAUACUAUUUGCAAUGUCAGAUGUAAUGUGACAAUAAUUGUACAUUUUCACAACGAACAGUGUCCAAUCCUUUAAAGAAUCAACCCUGUAAAAACAAAUAGAUUUAGAUGUACCUAAGUCCAGUAGUUUUAGUAACAAUGGAUCAUUUGUUUUGCCAGGAUUCUUAAUGAUGUUUCAUGUUAAGAAUUGGUUUUAUAUUACGUCAAUCACUUUUCUCUUGAGAAUUGAGCAUGAGUUAAUGAUAAGGUUCAAAGAGUGUGCUGCAAAGCUUGUUUAUGUUUGAAGCAAUUAAGCUUAAUGGUUUUGUUGCAACUUCGUUCCUUUUAUUCUUGGAGUCAAACAAUAAACAAAAUUCUGUUUUUUUUUUCGGGAAGCAUAAA